AUGGUAGAUAAUUUUGUUGACUGGUUUGUGUCUAUUAUUAACUUGCUUCAUGAGGAUGAGUUUGCUCAAGCUCUUGUGGCUUACUUGCUCUCAAAGGAUUGGUUAGAAGCUAAGCAACAAACUUUGGUUUCCCCUUCUUCCACCUAUAAGUGGUCUUUACCACCAAAGGGUGUUUUAAAGCUUAAUAUUGAUGGGGCUUUUUCUGCUACUAACCUUUGUGGUGGUGCUGGUUUUAUUCUGCAAAAUGAUACAGGUCAGGUAGUGCAUCUUGGUGCAAAGAAGAAUGCAGCAUCCUCUCCCUUUUGUAGUGAGGCGUUAGCUUUGAGAGAAGCCGUGGAUCAUAUUGUAGAUAAAGAUUUGGAUCCUAUUUGCGUGGAAUUUGAUUGCAAGGCGCUGGUGGAUGCAGUACAAAAGAAAGCAACUUGUCCUGACUGGCAUGUAGGAAUUUUGGUUAAGGAACUUACAGCUGUUUUUGAGAGAUGUCAAGAGCUAUCUUUGGUCUACAUCUCUUGUUCUGGUAAUAUGGCAGCAGAUUGGCUUGCCAAGGAAGCUUUAAAGGGAUUGUUUAGUGGUGGAUGGGCCUCUUUCCCCCCAACCCUUCUUUUUAAGAUUUUGCACUCUGAUGUUCUUGGUAGUUCAUAG